AUUUUUAUCUGAUGCAUUUUUAGACUUACGGAAAACAGAGUGAUUAAAGUUUUUCGUUGGGUAUAAAAGGAGCUCUUCGGUGUUCUUGGUUUCAUGGUCGUAAGCAGAACAACAACUCCACCGGUUUUUCUGGAAUCUCUAGCUUCUCUCAUUCGCAGAGAAAAGCUUCAACUCCAGUUGUUGUGGUUACUCUAAGCCCCAACGGUCGAGGAGGAGAGAGAAGGGUCAAGGCUUCAAUGGAGAGCACCCUGAAAGAGAUGAGAGACGGUGCUUCUGUGCUGGACAUGGAUCCCAAAUCCACUGUUGGCGGUGGCGUUGAGGACGUGUACGGUGAGGAUCGCGCCACGGAGGAUAUUCUCGUUACUCCCUGGACUUUCUCAGUUGCUAGUGGGUAUACUCUGUUGAGGGAUCCACACCAUAAUAAAGGACUUUCCUUCACCGAGAAAGAGAGAGAUGCCCACUACUUGCGAGGUCUUCUGCCCCCAGCAAUUGUCAGUCAAGCUCUUCAGGAGAAGAAAGUGAUGCACAAUCUCCGUAAAUAUCAAGUUCCAUUGCAGAGAUACAUGGCAAUGAUGGAUCUUCAGGAGAGGAAUGAGAGACUGUUCUACAAGCUUCUCAUUGAUAAUGUUGAGGAAUUGCUCCCAGUUGUAUAUACUCCAACUGUGGGGGAAGCUUGCCAAAAAUAUGGUAGCAUCUUAAGGCGUCCUCAGGGUCUUUACAUCAGCUUGAAGGAGAAGGGAAAGAUUCUUGAAGUACUGAAGAACUGGCCCAAGAAGAGUAUCCAAGUUAUUGUAGUUACUGAUGGUGAACGGAUCUUGGGACUUGGAGACCUUGGCUGCCAGGGGAUGGGUAUUCCUGUAGGAAAACUUGCUCUAUAUACGGCGCUUGGGGGUAUUCGUCCUUCUGUUUGCUUGCCUGUAACCAUUGAUGUUGGGACAAAUAAUGAGCAAUUGUUAAAGGAUGAGUUCUACAUUGGGCUUAGACAAAGGAGGGCAACUGGCCAGGAAUAUUCUGAACUUCUACAUGAAUUCAUGUGUGCUGUUAAGCAGAAUUAUGGAGAGAAAGUCCUUAUACAGUUCGAAGAUUUUGCAAACCACAAUGCCUUUGAGCUGCUUGCAAAAUAUGGCACAACCCAUCUCGUCUUCAAUGAUGAUAUUCAGGGGACAGCAUCUGUGGUUCUUGCAGGGGUUGUCGCAGCACUGAAAUUAGUUGGUGGAACCUUAGCUGAGCAGACAUUCUUGUUUCUUGGUGCUGGAGAGGCUGGAACUGGUAUAGCAGAACUUAUAGCUCUUGAGAUGUCAAAACAGACAAAAGCUCCACUUGAAGAGACCCGCAAGAAGAUUUGGCUCGUUGACUCAAAGGGAUUGAUUGUUUCCUCCCGCAAGGAGUCACUUCAACACUUCAAGAAGCAUUGGGCUCAUGAGCAUGAACCCGUGAAGACACUGCUAGAUGCUGUCAAGGCAAUCAAGCCAACAAUGUUGAUUGGAUCAUCCGGGGUAGGACAAACAUUCACAAAGGAGGUAGUUGAAGCUAUGGCCUCCUUUAACGAGAGACCUGUUAUUUUUGCUCUUUCAAACCCAACUUCACAGUCUGAGUGUACGGCUGAGGAAGCUUACUCGUGGACCAAGGGUCGUGCAAUUUUUGCUAGUGGGAGCCCUUUUGACCCUGUUGAAUGCAACGGAAAAGUUUUUGUGCCUGGCCAGUCAAACAAUGCUUACAUUUUCCCUGGAUUUGGUCUUGGUUUGGUAAUAUCCGGUGCAAUCCGUGUGCAUGACGAUAUGCUUCUGGCAUCCUCGGAAGCUUUGGCUGGUCAGGUAGCAGAGGAGAACUUUGAGAAGGGGCUCAUUUACCCACCAUUCUCUAAUAUCAGGAAGAUAUCGGCUGAAAUUGCUGCUAAUGUAGCUGCCAAAGCAUAUGACUUAGGUUUGGCUACCCGUCUACCUCGUCCGGCUAACCUGGUUAAGUAUGCAGAAAGUUGCAUGUACAGCCCUGUGUACCGAAGCUACCGUUGAGUUAUACAGUAGCACGAGUCUGAAUCGUUGGAUGCCCCUAUAAAUUUUGUCAGUUUACAGUUUGUUUCUAAAACUUGAGUUCUCAGAUCGUUUCUAAUUCCUUUUCUCGCGUGUCUGAGUUAUCUUUUCUUCUUUUUUCCCUACCUUUCCCUUUGUUAAGGUAAGGUCAUGAUGUAGUAUUGUGACUCUGGUUGCAGCUUGAACAUUGUUGUAAACUAUAAACUUCCAUGAAAUAAGGAUCAAUGUUAUUCUGUUUUCUCA